AUGGCAGUCGAUCAAGCCACUGUAGAUCAGUCGAGGGAACGGGCGCUCGCUGAUUAUCGGCGUAAGUUAAUGGAGCACAGGGAAAUUGAGGCCAGGUUGAAAGAAGCCCGCGAAAAAUCGAAAGCCGUAGAUAAAGAAUACGAAAAAGCUGAGAACGAUCUCAAGGCUCUGCAAAGUGUCGGUCAAGUGGUGGGAGACGUUCUGAAGCAGCUUACUGAGGAUCAUUUCAUCGUAAAGGCGAGCAAUGGUCCUCGUUACGUGGUUGGUUGUCGACGGAAUCUGCCAAAGAAUAAGUUGAAGGCCGGCACCCGUGUUGCGCUUGACAUGACAACACUUACCAUAAUGCGGCAAUUGCCUCGUGAAGUUGACCCUCUCGUUUACAAUAUGUCUGUCGAAGAUCCAGGUUCCGUUUCUUACGCCUCUGUUGGUGGUCUUGCUGAGCAAAUUCGUGAGCUCCGUGAGGUCAUUGAACUGCCUUUGCUAAACCCCGAACUCUUCCAGCGCGUCGGAAUCACUCCGCCAAAGGGCUGUCUCUUAUACGGACCUCCAGGUACUGGAAAAACGCUCCUUGCACGUGCCGUCGCUUCACAGCUGGACGCCAAUUUUCUUAAAGUCGUAUCCAGUGGCAUUGUUGAUAAGUAUAUUGGGGAGUCUGCUCGUCUUAUCCGUGAGAUGUUUAGCUACGCUCGAGAUCACCAACCGUGUAUCAUUUUCAUGGACGAGAUUGACGCAAUUGGUGGUCGUCGUUUUACGGAGGGCACUAGUGCUGAUAGAGAAAUUCAGCGUACUCUCAUGGAACUCCUUAACCAAAUGGAUGGUUUUGAUGCCCUUGGCCAGGUGAAAAUGAUUAUGGCUACUAACCGCCCAGACACAUUGGAUCCCGCUCUUCUUCGUCCAGGUCGACUUGAUAGGAAAAUAGAAAUUCCCCUUCCUAAUGAACAGGCUCGAAUGGAUGUUUUGAAAAUCCACGCUGCCCCGAUCGCUAAGCAUGGUGAAAUAGACUGGGAAGCAAUCGUCAAGCUUUCCGAUGGAUUCAACGGAGCCGAUUUAAGAAAUGUUUGUACUGAAGCAGGCAUGUACGCAAUCCGCGCUGAGCGCGACUACACUAUCGAGGAGGACUUUAUGAAAGCAGUUCGAAAGCUGGCUGAUGCAAAAAAGCUGGAAACAAAACUGGAUUACAAGCCUGUGUAA